AUGUUCAAUUCUCCCACUAUUGUGGUCAGCGCAUCAAACACUGCCCAGAAGCCGCAGACCACUGGCACUGAUAUACCACAACCGCGGCUUCCAAGUCGCGCAUCGUUCCAAUCGCCUACCAAAGCUAGCCUCUCCCGCUCACACCCAGAUGUCCUCGCACGUGUUCUGAGCCGCUCCCCACCAAAAUCAGCACAUCAGAGGCCAGUGAGUCGUGGAAGGGAAAACGCUAGUCUCGGUAUAGGAGGUGUGGAAGGUGGACGAUCUGGGGUAUCGGGAAGUAAGCUACCUGCACCGUCGCCGCUGUCCACGACUUCGGCAUUGGUGACUGAAUUGCCGAUUCGACAACCGACCCGGCAACUUGUCUCGCAACGUCAUGGAUCAAGUGUUCGUGUUUCUGCGUCGCAAUCACUGUCAAUGCCGUCACAACGAUCGCGGGCCUCGUUCUCGCUGGAACCUGGAAUUGAAUUGCCCGAGCCACGACUUCCUUCCCGAGCUAGGGACCCGGCAAGUGGACAAACUGCCGAUGAAACAACUGCCGAUGGGAGACCUACGCGGUCUUCAUCAUCCCCCACCCAAGGAAAUGGCGAGCCAGAGCUACCUCCAACUCCAACUGAGCUGGGUUUAGAGAGAUUGCCUAACCGUCCGAGAGGGUUGUUGAGCAGCAGUAGCCCAAGCUAUCGCCAGGAGAAGAAGAGGAAGCGAAGGACAAGGGAUGCCGUGAAAAAACCUAGCCCACUUAAACCUAAAGAUGCAGACAUUACUGGAAAUGAACCUGGCGAUGGGAUUGCGUCCCCGCGCAGUUUGUUUCCUGAGGAAGAUUACGUUCCUAAUAAAUUUGGAGAUAAACUAGAGCUACGCAAUGCGCUCGCAGCUCAGUUAGCAAGGCUGAAAAAAGAUAUUUCGAAAAUAGAGUAUGAGACGCAAAGAUAUGAGAAACCUGACCAAUAUCCAGCACCGGAUACAGAAUCUAUUAAAAAUCUAAUCGAACUCCUCACGACCUCUAACCCCUCAUGCGCCCCUCCACCUCCAACGCGGUCCUCCCAACCACCAGUUUCUUCUCUCCUCUGUUUUCUUUUGCCAUUUGCAUCUCCCCGAUGUACUCCCAUAAUUAAACCGGCCCCGCCUACUUCAACCUUCCCUCCUCCACCAGAGAACCCGUUUGCUCUGCAACAGCCAGCGGACUUGAUACCAUAUCUCACGCUCUUUGCGCCCCUCUCCCUCACUGCACAUACGACGACAGUUUCCACUCCGAUUGCUUCAAUCUCACCACAAGAAUCAUCGCAGUCACCAACACUCCUUAUUACCCAAACACACAACCUUACUUUAGUCGCACCCCAUCCCUUCCCUGCCCGCCUCUUUCAGAUUCCUAUAACCCUCCAAACCAACCCGGAAAGUCAAACAGUUAUCUCCAUUUCUAUCCCUACACAAUCGCAACCGAAUCAUUCUGAUACAAAAUCAAAUCAUAAUAUCCCGACCGCUCUCUUCUCCUGGUUACAAACCCGACUCUCAAACCCCCUUCUACAUAGAGAUAUCUCCGGCCUCUGCUGGGGGAUAUCCCGAUACUGGGAAGCCGAUUUAUCGCGUGCCAAGCUAUGGGCGCAACUGGAAGAAUUACGGGACCGAAUAAUGACUACAUUAUCUUCGUCGCAGAAAGGAUCUUUACCAAGCCGUGACGAUAACGACAGCAACAACAAUAACAGCAAGACCAGGCAACUUGACACCCCACGAGACCUCCUUCCACACCUUGGCCAGACCUCUUUUCUCUUCUCUGUAGAGACACGGCGACAGCGUCAAGAAAUGCGAUCCGAAAUAAUUGUCACACGCCAAUCAUCACCACAGCUCCUCGUUUCAUGUCCGCUUACGUUGGAUUUAUGGACAAGCGAACCCCAGCUGCAGCCAGAUAUUAGCGUUUCGGUACCGCUAUUAUCGCCUGUAGGGAGUUUGGAGAAAGUGGAGAAGGAGGCGAAGUCGGUUUUUGCGAGCUUUUUAAGGAAUGGUCGGAGAGGGAAAGAAGGUGGAUAUGGACAGAUGGAGAUUGAUGGGGAUAUCGCGAUGCUUGUUCGGGCUGUUGAAGGGGUUGCUAGGCUUCUUUUUGGAGUGGUGUGAGCGGCCAUCGGAAUGGUUGCUUGCUUUUAUAGGUGGGCGGUAUUUGCGGUUUUGUGUAUAUAUGUAUUUGUAUGCCCGG